AUGGCGCACAACAUGACUGACGCUGAGCUCGACCUCGACUGGCAGCCCAAUGGCCGCCGCCCGCAAUCUACUAUCGCUCGUUCCUUCUCCCAGGAGCUUGCCGACAUCUUCCGCCUCGACGAACCCGUCACCGACGAGAAGCUUGAUCAAAGAAAGCAGAAUGUACAGAGCCAGACAAGCGAGCUCGAAGCUCUCGAGCGUCGCAUUCGCGAAAUGGAGGAGCGGUUGAAGAACAACAACGCCAUCAAGCAAGCGACGGGACAACCCGCUGCUGUCCCAGCAUUGUCAAAGGAAGCCCAGGAGAAGGCCAGGUCACGACCAGGUACGGCGCGCCAGAACCAACCUCAUGCCCCGUCUUCGGCAAACAUGCCGCCCACGCCUACUGCCAGCGAAGGUGAAUACGAAUUCGUCGGCAAGGAUGACCUUGACGACCACCCACCCCGACACUAG